AUGCCUGGGGUACUAUCGAAAUCUGAUGAUGGUGGGGGCCCCCCAGGGGCCCCCCAGGGGCCCCAGGGGGCCCCCCAAGGGGCCCCCCAGGGGCCCAUAUCUUCUCCUUUUCCUUCGCUUAUGUCUCCAAAGGAAGGUGAAGAUGCGCUGUCUUUCUUCUGGCGUGUUGCUGUACAAGGUCCUACACGAAGACGGUUGCUUGUGGGGUCUCUUUCAUUGCUGGUCUGUUCAGCAUGCAACAUCGCUACACCUUAUCUCUUAGGGCUUUGUGUAGAUGCCGCACACACAGGGGGCCCCUUGGGGGGCCCCCUUGGGGGCCCCCUUGGGGAGACCCUAGGGGGCCCCCUGGGGGGCCUACUUGCGGGGCCCCUGGGGGGCCCCCUGGCUGUGGGGCCCCUGGGGGGCCCCCACGGCAAACAGCUGGCGGUUGCGUUGACUACAUUUAUAGUUGGGGCUCUUAGCAGCGCAUGCAGGACAGAACAGCUUGAAAGUGCAGAAGAAGAAGUGCUUAUGAAGCUGCGGCGUCUGAAGCGGCUGAGGGAGGAGCGUCAGGCAGUAGAAGGAGAGUGGGCGUCUUCAGCAUUGGAGAGGCUAUUUGCAUAUCGUGCGGUGUAUAUACACCAGCAGCAGCAGCAGGAGAUGCAGCGAGCUCUUCAGGUGUCUAGGCAGGUCCUUCGUGCUGCAGCAGCAACAUCACGAGCUAGCGGCUGUCUUAUGGGCUCUCUCUCUCUCGCUUCUAAUUUGUCUCUUCUUAUUAUUCUCUCCUCUGGAGCAAAGCUGCUUAGAAACAAAACUCUUAGCUACGGGGGCCUAACUUCUUUUGUCGUGUACGGGGCUAUGGUUGCUGCUGGGUUUAGCGGCUUAGCGUCUCUUUCAGGUGAAUGGGCGAAGGGGAGAGCAGCAGCAAAGCGAAUGUUUGCUGCUAUACAGCCCGCGCUGCAGCAGCAGCAGCAAGAGCAACAGCAACAGCAGCAGCAGCAGAAGCAGCAGAAGCAAGAACAAGAACAGCAGCAGCAGCAGGAACAGCAGCAACAGCAGGAACAGCAGCAGCAGCAGCAGCGGGAGUUCUCUAUUGAAGGUCUUAGAGGCGAAAUUGAAUUUCAUAGAGUUACUUACCUCUAUGAUGACGAUAAGCCGAGCAACAACAACAACAACAAUAGCAGCAGCAGCAGCAGCAGCAGCAGCGGUCUUUUCAGCAGCACUAGCCUGCUAAGCAGCAGCAGCAGCAGGAAUAGCAGCAGCAGUAGCAACAGCAGCACGGACGGGUGCAGCAGCGACAGCAGCAAGAAAGGAGAAGGUAUUGGGGGGGUAGUUGAGCUGUCUCUGCGUCUCCUUCCCGGCGAACUCCUCGCCUUAGCUGGGCCCUCCGGCGCCGGCAAAACCACAGUCUUUAAAUUGCUGACGAAGGAACUCAAACCUCAAAAAGGAGUCAUUACUGUCGACGGGAUCGACUUGCAGACGAUCCCCACGUCUGUGUGGCUGCGGCAUAUAUUGGGGGUUGUAAGCGAAAGCAGCAGCAAAAUGUUUGCUGGUUUGACGCUGAGGGAGAACAUAUCUUAUGCUGCUGGAGGUGAAUCUGCUGUUGCUGCAGCAGAUGGAGAUGCAGCAGCAGCAGCAGCAGCAGCAGCAAACUGCACGGGUUUUAUAGAGGCUCUGCCUCAGGGAUUGGAGACAGUUGUUAGCCCUGAUGUCUCCUUUAGCAGCGGGGAGCAGCAAAGAUUAGGCUUAGCCAGAGCUCUCUAUAAAAACCCUAAAAUUCUGCUGCUUGAUGAAGCAUCAAAUGCGUUAGAUCCCAACAGCGAACGUAUAUUCACAGACACACUUACACGCAUCAUGCAGCAGCAGCAGCAGCAGCAGCAGCAGCAGCAGCAAGGCGUGGAGCAGCAGAGAACAGGCGUUGUAGGGGACUCCCAGAAGCAACAGCAGCAGCAGGACAACCAGCAGCAGCAGCAGCAGCAAGACAACCAGCAGCAGCAGCAGCAGCAGCAGCAGCAGCGGGUUCUAUCUACGCUGCUGAUUGCACACAGCCCUGCUGUGCUGCAGUGUGUCUCUAGAUUAAUUGUUUUAAGAAGAGGAGAAGUUGCUGAGUCAGGGACGUACGAGCAGCUGCUGCAGCAAAAGGGCACGCUUCACGCUCUCCUCACAGGAGACCCCAAACCCUAA